GCAUACGGAAGCGGUGCGCACCAUCAACCAGGCCUCUAUGAUGCAACAGAACCAUUGCAUUCGCCAUCGGAGGCACAGUCAACGAGCGGCGAUGAGCGAACCGAACGCCCAGGGACCGGGCCCUGUUCUCGACUUCGUCUUCGCGGUGCAAGACGCGCACAAGUGGCAUGAAGAGAACCUGAAGCGCAAUCAGGAGCACUACUCGUGGGUGGGGCGCCUGGGCUCACAAGCGGUUUGCUCCCUUGCGGAGGCGGUGGGCGUGGGCGUGCACUUCAACACGCUGGUGCCGCUGGACGCGCAGACCACCAUCAAGUACGGGGUGUUAGAGUCGAGCUCUCUUGAGCGCGACCUGCGGCACUGGACGCACCUCUACAUCGCCGGCCGCAUGCAUAAGCCCGUCACGCCGCUGGUUGAGGCGCCCAAGUCUCUGGCAGAGGCGGAGGUCAUCAACCGCCACAACGCACUGGCCACGGCACUGGUGCUUCUGCCGCCCACAUUCACCGAGGAGGACCUGCUGCGCACGCUGGUGGGUCUGAGCUACCGGGGUGAUGUGCGGCUGGCGGUGGGCGCGGAGGACCCGCACAAGGUUGGCCGCAUCGUGGCGGGCAGCUGGGAGGCGCUGGCGGCCAUGUACAUGCCGCUGCUGCAGUCGGAGCGAUAUCGGUCGCUGCUGGGUCUGGAGGUGGUGGGCGAGACGGCAGGCGGGCGGCGCGGUGGCACGUUGUGGCGUCAGGCCAAGGACCCGGAGGCCCAGGUGGCGGUGCUGCAGCAGCUGCCGGCGGGGCUGCUGCACGAGAUGGCCACAAAGCUGGGUUUCCACCUGCCGCUGGAGCACCUGUACGCGGGCGAGGACACGCAGCGCGAGGUGGUCGCCGCCGUCAUGCGCACCGGGCGGCCGCAGCGGCUGGCGGCAGACAGCCUGGCAGCCAUUGUGCGCCGCUCCAGCAUGUACCAGGCGGCGUCGGGGCUGCUGGCAGCGGGCGGCGGCAAGGCGGUCACCUACGUGGCAGCCAAGGUGGGCAAGGCGCUGCGGCCGGUGGUGAGCGCCGCGUCGCAGCAGGCGGCGCAGGCGCAGGCGCAGGUGGCGGCGGGCGUGCAGCGCGCGCAGGAGGGCGUGCAGCAGGCGCAGCAGCGGGCGCAGCAGGUGCAGCAGCAGGUGGUGGCUGCGCGGCAGGAGGUGAAGCAGCGGGUGGGGCGGGUGCAGGUGCAGGUGCAGGAGGCUCAGCAGAAGAUGGAGGACCGCAUGCAGGAGCGGGUGGACCAGGUGGCGGCGCAGGUGCAGCAGGCGCAGCAGCAGGUGAAGCAGCGGGUGGAGCAGCAGCUGAAGGAGGUGGUCACGGGCAGCCGGGGCCGGACGGAGGGUGACGAGCGGCGGUAGCAGGGCCCGGGUGCAGGCUGUAGGGGUGCUUGAUGCGGGGUGAUGUUAGUGCAGGUGCGGCGGUGACGGGGGAAGUUAUCUUUUGUGUACCGUAUGUGGCCCCCAGGGUGCCAAGCAUAUUAUGAGGGACCGUUAAGUAGCGGGUACACCUGUUGCAUUUGCGCCAGGCAGUGAUGGGCACGUACAGCAGGCUUGCUGUAUGGAUUUAUGGAGUUCGGGAGCGCUGAGGACUGCUCGAACUCGAAGACUCAUGCAUGAGCAAUUUGUGUGGAACUUGUGCUGACGGCUGGACGGGCCAUAGUCGAAUUCUGCCGCCUCUGUGUGAGCGAUAAUACCGGUAAUGUGAACGCCCCAGUCCAGCCCGUAAGUCCAGCAAUGCCGCCGGCAAAGGUGUGCGAUGGGACAGUGUUAAGGCGGGUUGGUGGAGUCCCGUAGGGGUCAGCUGAUUCCCAGAUCCCAGAAGAUGG